GCUGGUGGGAUUCGUGAAGCUUCAUGCAUCCCGGUUCAGGCAUCCUGGUUCAAGCAGACUUGGUGCAGCUUCCAUUUUGUCCGCAAUCAAAUCACACACACACACGCGACAACACUUGGCUUGCGGGUCCUUUCUUUUCUGUUCCGUGGGAUGGCGGUCCAGAAGGCGCCUUGGACCGUGUGGUCCGUGGUUGCAGUCGUCCUCAGCAUCAGCGCACCCACUGUGACUUCGAUCGGUGUGAGUUCCAAGCCAGAGUGUGCAGAUGACGACGCCCAAAUUAUUGCGCUGGCAAGCGGCAUCGGCGUCACUAUCAGUGGUUGUGCUGCGGUGCAGCCUUAUUGCGAAGAUGCGAAGUAUGGCAGCACUGUGAAAGCGACCUGCCCUGCAACGUGUGGCCUCUGCAGGGUGGCCAGCCCCAGCAGCUCCCAGGCGGCUGAGGUACUGAUGGACAGGAGCUCCAGGGGCUCCCAGGACGCGGAUGAUCAACGGUCCCUGGACAGAGCUCUGGCAGCGAAAGGGCCCGACCCGACGCCGAGGCCGACGCCGUGGCCGACGCCGUGGCCGACGCGGUACCCGACGCCGAGGCCGACGCCGUGGCCGACGCCGUGGCCGGCCCGACCCGACGCCGAGGCCGACGCCGUGGCCGACGCCGUGGCCGACGCGGUACCCGACGCCGAGGCCGACGCCGUGGCCGACGCCGUGGCCGACGCGGUACCCGACGCCGAGGCCGACGCCGUGGCCGACGCCGAGGCCGACGCCAUAUCCGACGCCGAAGCCGACGCCGAACCCGACGCCGAACCCGACGCCGUACCCGACGCCGAAGCCGACGCCGAACCCGACGCCGAACCCGACGCCGUACCCGACGCCGAAGCCAACGCCGAACCCGACGCCGAACCCGACGCCAUACCCGACGCCGAAGCCGACGCCGAACCCGACGCCGAACCCGACGCCGUACCCGACGCCGAAGCCGACGCCGAGCCCGACGCCGAACCCGACGCCGUACCCGACGCCGAAGCCCACGCCGAACCCGACGCCGAAGCCGACGCCGUACCCGACGCCGAGCCCGACGCCGAAUCCGACGCCGUACCCGACGCCGUACCCGACGGCCUUUCCGACGCCGUACCCCACGGCCUUCCCGACGCCGUACCCGACGGCCUUCCCGACGCCGUACCCGACGGCCUUCCCGACGCCCUACCCAACCGCUUUCCCGACGCCCUACCCGACGGCCUUCCCGACGCCGUUCCCGACCCCUAGCCCGACGCCCAGCCCGACAUAUCCUCUGGGUUGGCCGACGCCACAACCAACGUUUCUUCCCGCAGCUCCUAUGGCGGGUGGAGCUGCUGGAGGCGUGGCUGCCACCGGCGAUCCCCACCUUCAGAAUGUUCACGGCGAGCGGUUCGAUUUAAUGCAGGCGGGCAAACAUGUUCUGAUAAACAUCCCUCGCGGAGUGAGCGCUGAAGACGCAUUGCUUCGUGUGCAGGCCGAUGCGCGCCGCUUGGGUGGAAGUUGUUCGGAUAUGUAUUUCCAAGAACUGAACAUUACAGGCUCUUGGGCAGAGGCUAAGCAAGUUGGAGGGUACCACUACGACGUACGGCAAAGCGUUAGGACGAGUCCGCAAUGGGUUGCUAUUGGCCGGGUAGAGCUGAAAGUCGUCCAUGGACGUACAGAGAGUGGCACCUUGUACUUGAAUGUGUUUGUGAAGCAUUUGGGGCGAUCAGGGUUUGCCGUCGGAGGCUUGCUGGGGGAAGACGACCACAAGGACGCGAUGACUCCCCCGGCGUCUUGUACCAAACACAUUCCUCUGCUAGAAGCAGUGGCGAGUGGCCAGGUUCCUUCCUCCGAGUCGUCGGUUGCAGCGGCAACCUUCGCGUGACCAUGCUGGAUACUUUGACACGUGGGUAUAUGACAAGUACGCCCCGUCGGGUGACGCGUGCGGUAGUGUUUUCCUGCUCCAUAGAAAAAGAAGUAAGAACCCCUAAGUGCAAGCACUGCUUGGGGAAGAGGCCUCUAAGACAGUUCGCGGAUGCAGGACAUGACCCCUGGUGCCAUCUAGGAGCGUGAUGGAAGUGUGGCUUCAGACCGACGCCCCCGAGGCCUUCGGAAAAGGUCACGUGGCAUUCUACUUCCCCAAGCUUCAGUUCUCACUGCCCUUCCUUCGCCCCCCCUCCCUCCUUUCAGGAGGGACGUACGGCCGAUUGCCCAGAGAGGGUCCGCAUGCGUCCGCACUUGCGCACAUGCCUCACGUGAAGGCUCUUCCCGUUUUGGCCUGGUGAGGUUGUUCUGCCGCCCUCGAUGAGGCCGCCGCAAGGCCCGCGCUGGAGCAGAAGGUGCAGGCAAGACUAUUGCAUUGCAUACGUGGCGUCGUCGCGGCGGCGGUAGUCCUUCCGCCGUUCGGAGACACGGCGCCAAUACAAUGCCCCUUUCGGCAGCCGCACCCCCCACCCCAAGGAUGCC